AAUCCGGAUUUCGAGUCCGAACUAUAAAAAUAGACACCCACCUCAUAACUAGGAAAUCGAAGCUCAAAAAAGAAAAAAGAAAAAAGAAAAAAGAAAAAAGAAAUUAUGUUCACAAAGUCAGAGAGUGGAGUUUAGUGCUUCUUCUUUAAGCUCAGUAUCAAAUCAACAUAUUAGACCUUUUGUUGUCCAAGCAAAACAAAUGGGCAAGGAAGAAAAUGAGACCAAAGUUCCAGAGGUAGCAGCAAAUGGGACUAGUGCACCUGAGAAAGAGAAGUCCAAUGAAGUUAUGACGGAAAAAAGAGAGGAAAAUAAUGGAGUAAAAGAAAUGGAAGAAGAACAAAAUGAUAGCGAGAACGCUGAGACAGAUAAGAUGGAUGAAGGCCCCAAGGUGACUGAAGAAAAGGAAAGCAAAGAGAAAGAAGAUAAGGAAGAAGGAAGAACUGAAGCAAUGGAAGAAGAAACUGAACCCAUAGUAGAUGAAGAGAUGAAAGAAAAGGAGAAGGAAACCAAAGAAGAUGUGGAGGAGAAGGUUGAUGGAUCCAAUGAGGAAGAAGAGGUGGAGGAGGAAAAAACCGAAGAAGAGGUGGAGGAGAUGGUUGAAAGAUCCAAGGAGGAAGAAAAAAAGUUGGAGGAAGGGAAACGGUCAAAGCAACGUGGGAAAGGGAAGAGUGAUGGGAGGAAAGCUGAAAAGAAGAAGAAGGUAGUGGAAGAAAAGAAGGAGCCAGAGCCGAGGACCCCUGCUUUCGAUAGGCCACAGCGUGAACGCAAAUCUGUUGAAAGGCUGGUGGCAACUAUUGACAAAGAUGCUGUCAAAGAAUUCCAGAUUGAAAAGGGCCAAGGCAUCCCGCUGAAAGAUAUACCUAAUGUGGCGUUCAAGUUAUCAAGAAGGAAGAUUGAUGAUACAUUAAAACUGCUUCACACAAUUCUUUUUGGAAGGAGAGGAAAGGCAUUGCAGAUCAAGAGUAACAUAUCCCGGUUCUCUGGUUUUGUGUGGCAUCAAAAUGAGGAGAAACAAAAGAGUAAAGUGAAAGAAAAAUUUGACAAGUGCAAUAAAGAGAAGUUGUUGGAAUUUUGCGAUUUUCUUGACAUACCAAUUACCAAGGCUACUACAAAGAAGGAAGAUAUUGUUAUGAAGCUGAUAGACUUUUUGGUGGCUCCCUGUGCGACAACCACUGAGUUAUUUGCUGAAAAAGAGAAGGAAAAAACAAGCAAAAAGCGCAAGAGAGUGGCCAAAAGUUCAUCCUUUGGGAGCACACCAUCAAAACGUUCAGCUAAGAGUCGAGGAAAAGCUGAUGAUGAUUCAAAGAGAAGAGAUAAAAAGAGUACAGCAGACACAGAAGACGAGUCAGAAGAAGAGAAAGAUGAGGAAGAUGAAGAAGAAGAAGAAGAAGAAGAACAGGAACAAGAAAACGUAGAAGAGGAAAAUGAAAAUGGUGCUUUAGAUAAAUCUGAUGCUGAAAUCUCUGAACAUUCUGAAAGCGAGGAGAAAAAAGAAUCUGAAGAAGAAUCCGAAGAAGACACUGGAAAACGCAAAAAGAGGUCAGCUGCAUCAUCUAGAAAAAAAGCAUCUUCUGGAAAAGCUAAAACCAGAAUCUCAGUGUCUGGUAAGUCCAGUCCACCAGUGAAAAGAACACCUAAAAAAUCCUCAUCAAAGCACCCUCAUUCUGAUGAGGAUAGUGAUGCAAGUCCAAAGGUUUCCUCAAGUAAGAAGAAAACUGAAAAAGUAUCAAAGGAGAAGCCCUUGACUCCAAAGAAAUCUGCCUCCAAGGAGAAAAUGGGUAAAAAAGGUGGAAAAGAGAGGGAAAAGGCUAGAGUUAAAGAGGACAAAUUGACGCCAAGUGAUGAUGAGCUUAGAGAUGCAAUAUGCAAAAUUCUGAAGGAGGUUGAUUUCAAUACGGCAACUUUCACCGACAUUCUAAAGCUACUUGCCCGGCGAUUUGCUACUGAUCUCACACCAAGAAAAUCAUCUAUAAAGCUUAUGAUCCAAGAUGAGCUCACCAAACUAGCGGAUGAUGCUGAUGAGGAAGAUGGAGAAGGUGAUGCUGAGAAAGAUGAAACCCAGUCUACUGGUCAAGAGGUUGAAGCCUGAAACAUGUAACAUGACUGUCUGGAAAUAGUGUAGCCUUGUCUUCUAUGUUUUUAUUUCCACUCGAACGUAAAUGCACUGUUUGUUCUGUUAGGAUAUCCAGCUGUAGUUCAUUGUUAGUGUUCAAUUAGCUGGCAAGAAGACAAGCAUUUACUAGAAACCAGAGAAGGUGAGACAAGUCAUGCUUUGGUGUAUGACUUGGGCUUCCCAUGUACACAUUAACUUUAAAUUGUAGUUUUUCCUCCUCCUUAAAAUUAACUUACCCUUGUACUUGAUAUUACACCUAAAUUAUGUGAGGUCAGUUGUGACAGGAUAUUAUUUCUCAA